ACAAAUAGGAAGCGGAUUAAUUGACAUCUGCCAACCAUAGCUUUUGUCGCUUACAAUGCUCCUGGAGCCGUCCUUAUAUUCUAUUAAUAGCAUACUCAUCUUAGAUAGUGAAGGGAAGCGCAUUUUAACGAAGUAUUAUGACUCAUCGUUUCCAACUGUUAAGCUUCAACUCGAAUUCGAGUCGAAACUCUUCAAAAAAACAAGCAAAACUAAUGGCGCGGAAAUCACGUUGCUGGACGGCGCGACCUGUGUUUAUCGUAACGUGGGCGAUCUUUACUUUUAUGUUGUUGGGGAUGCUAACGAAAACGAAGUGAGUCACAUAAUGGAUCUUUCAUUUUGUAAGUUAUUACUCGUCAGUGCCCUUCAGUGCUUGUACGAUUCUGUCAGUCAAGCUCUGAAACGAUCAGUCGAAAAGAAAACACUGAUGGAUAAUCUAGAUUUAAUUUUCCUUAUAGUUGAUGAACUGUGUCAUAAUGGGUAAAUAGUGGAAUAAAUUAAUAUAUGCUUUAAAGCAUACUUUUAGAGUCCGACGCAACCGCCUUAGUGUCUCGAGUUGGUGCAAGGACAGACGAUAUCCCACUUGGAGAGCAAACGGUAGCACAGGCUAUCCAAAAUGCAAAAGAACAAAUACGCAUGUCUUUAAUCAAGUAGUUCAGUGAAAAGGAAAUACAUACUUAUUUUCACUGUUUUUUGAUGGGAACUAUGGGUCGGUAAUUGAGUAAUAACUUUUGUAUCUACUCCAACAUUUGUCACAUUACAGUUGUUCAUAUUUA